AGAGAAGCAAUCAAAGAGCAAAAAUUGAAACAGCAAAAAUAUUUAAAAGGUGAAAACAUAUCAAGAAAUUAGCCCUGUCAACCAAACGUUACAAAAUUAAAGAAUGAGUACCCAAAGAUGUGUAUACACGCGUCUGUUUGUGUCGCUUGUAAUAUCCCCUCAUGUAUGGUAAUUAUCCACAAGUGAUGGCAUCCCUUGGCAUUGAUGCGUGACAUUUCUUUUAUAAAAUAUGCAAAUGAGUCAACGUGCUUCCGCCAGGGAAUUUGAAUCAGUGCAUCGGUUGGAGAAAAAUGCAGGGACACGUGAACACGGGAUACGAACAACAACUGAUUCAGAUAAACGGAGACACAUUUUUCGCAUUGUAAAUUAAAUUCCCAAGCUUAAAGUGUCAACGACGCGUGGCAGCAGCAGCAACAACAACAGCAACAACUGCAAUUGAGGGACUAUUAAAAGCACUGCUCGCAGUGUGAGGCAUAAGCGGAAAGGCAAGCAAAGCGCGACAAAAAGUCAAAGUCACGCCCACACUGGCAAGGACGACGGACGGAAGAGCAACAGAGUGUGUCCAAGUGCGGGCGCACAGGUGUGACCCUGCAACAGCCAAAGCAAUAACAAAAACAACAACAACAAAAGCAACCACAGCUAACACAACAAUUGCGGCGACACAAUUUAUGUUACAGCAAAAGUUGCACGGUAAAUUUUUAAAUGCUACGCAGCCGACUAGCCACAGCCGCCAGGUAGCCUCCCCCGAUCAUUGGAACAGCAAAUAGAGUAGCAUCCAUGAGCGCCGCAGCGGCAAGGCUGCUGUUGCGCCUCGAGCAGCCAGUGCCGGGCGUAAUGCCGCCACCGGCACCCGCCGAAUACGAUUGGGCGCCCAUUAGCGUAGAUCAAUUUCUGGCCAGCGCAACGGGUCGCAGUCAGGAGGAUGCGGUGCGCUAUGAGCUAGCGGAUCCGCUGGGCAGCACACUGGCACCAUUGAUAUACGAUGUGGGCCAGCGUCUGCUGUUCAAUGGCAGCUCUGCCACACAAAAUGGCAACGACACGUACACAGAUCUCUUUCCGCAAAUGGAGGAUAUGGGCGAUGAGCCGAACUGGACGCGCAUCUGUGAGGAGGUUUACAAUCCGCAGCUGGAGAAUAAUCGCAUCGAGUUUUGGGUAUGCGGCGUCAUACUUAACAUUGUUGGCGUACUAGGCAUACUGGGCAACGUGAUAUCCAUGAUAAUCCUGUCCCGUCCGCAAAUGCGCUCCAGCAUUAACUACUUGCUAACUGGCCUGGCGCGCUGCGACACGAUGCUGAUUAUUAGCUCCAUGCUGCUGUUUGGCAUACCCUCCAUUUAUCCAUAUACGGGCCAAUUUUUUGGCUACUACAACUAUGUGUAUCCGUUCAUAUCGCCGGCAAUGUUUCCCAUCGGCAUGAUUGCGCAGACCGCCAGCAUCUAUAUGACCUUCACCGUCACCCUGGAGCGCUAUGUGGCCGUCUGUCAUCCGUUGCGGGCGCGUGCUCUAUGCACCUACGGACGCGCUAAGAUAUAUUUCAUAGUGUGCGUCUGCUUUGCACUCGCCUACAAUAUGCCCCGGUUUUGGGAGGUGCUCACGGUGAGCUAUCAGCUGCCCAACUCGACCGAUGUGCUGCACUGCGUGCGGCCCUCGCCACUGCGACGCAAUCCGACCUAUAUAAAUAUAUAUAUACACUGGUGCUAUCUGAUUGUGAACUAUAUAAUACCCUUUCUCACGCUGGCCAUACUCAACUGCCUGAUCUACAGGCAGGUGAAGCGUGCGAAUCGGGAACGCCAGCGCCUGUCCAGAUCGGAGAAGCGUGAGAUCGGGCUGGCCACAAUGCUAUUGUGUGUGGUCAUUGUCUUUUUUAUGCUCAACUUUUUGCCGCUGGUGCUGAACAUCUCGGAGGCGUUCUACAGUGUGAUCGAUCACAAGGUGACCAAGGUCUCAAAUCUGCUUAUCACGAUCAACAGCAGCGUCAACUUUCUCAUUUAUAUCAUAUUCGGAGAGAAGUUCAAGCGCAUUUUUUUACUCAUUUUUUUCAAGCGACGCCUGAGUCGUGACCAGCCGGAUCUUAUACACUACGAGAGCUCCAUUUCGAACAACGGCGACGGCACCAUAAACCAUCGCUCGUCCGGCCGCUUCUCGCGACACGGCACCCAGCGCAGCACCACCACAACCUACCUGGUCGCCACGGGCGGCGGGGGCGGCAACAGCUCACUGAACAGCGUGCGGCUGACCCAGGUGUCCGGCUCGCCCGGCCUGCUCAAGAUCAAACGGAAUCGCGCUCCAUCGCCCGGUCCGGUCGUUUAUUAUCCGGGUCCACGUGAAAUGCAUCGAUCCGUUUCCACCAGCAAUUCGACAACCAACAAUAAUACGGCGCUCGGCUACGACUGGACCGUGGAUGGCAAGAAGUUGGGACACGUCUCCUCCGGCUUUUGAGGCCGCACAAGCACAUACAGUGCAGUGUAAUCGCUAGUCAACUAGCCUACAUGUGUAAAUAACUAUAUAUAUAUAUAUAUACAUAUAUACAUCUAUUUAAACAUGUUUUUAGUGUGUAAACCUGAGCGCGCCAAGCGUCGCGUUACUUUGUGAUAAGCGUUAAGUGUUUCUCUCCAUUUUCUCUACGUCAAGUUCUCUUCGACAGCUCUAGCCGUUACAUAACCGAUCAAAUAGCUAAUAGGCCACAGGUGCAGCAAAAUUUCAGAAAAACACGCAGAUAAUUUGAGACUCUUUAUACAAAAGAAACUUUCCUUUUAAAUAAUACCCAAAAACAAACGUUUUAAACCAUUUAUGUUUUAGCUUACAUGAUUAUGUUGUUUGUUAAUAUACAAAAUAUGUUUUCCUGGCAGUUUUUUAGAUGAAAGACUGACAUUAGAUGGGCGGCACCACAGAAACAGAUUGAGCAAAUAGCUAACCGCGUUGCUAGACUGAAUUGGAUAAACUAGAGCUAAACUAGGCAUAAAACUAUUUUAAUUAAAAUGUUGCCCCUAAUACAUUUAUCUCUUUGAAACUAUAUUAAUAUAUACAUUUAGUAUAAAUAUCGACAACGUCCUUUAUAUACAACAAGUACGUCCUCGAUAUGUGAUACUUGGCGACGUCAUUUUUGUCCAACCUUUGCUCGCAGCUGCUUUGAUUUGUUCUAGAAAAUGGAUAGUUAAAGAACUCAGCUAUAUCUAAGCGUAAUCCCAAUGUCCUUGAUUAAAUCGCUCGAGCAUAGUUGCAUUUCGAGCACAAAAUUCUUAGAAGAGUGUCUAAGCGUGCUAUAUGAAAUUUUGCUGUACUUGUUGGACAAAAUGCACACACACACACACACACGCACACCAGCUUGUUAAUUAUUUUUGGCUUUCAAUUUCUCUCAAUCAAUUGAAUUUGUUUCAAUUUUGCACGAAAUUAAGCCGUAAAACUUUUUCACGCCCAACUCUAUGGAUUAAUGCCCGACGGGGAAGAGUCCGUGAAACUGAGCUGACCCAAGCCCGUUGGGCCAUGGCUUUUUCUACAAGGAACUUUUAUUUAUUAGCAUCAAGUUUUCGCUUUUAAUUAAAUAUAGACUGCAUUUUUCAGCUGAACUUGAUAAAUGAUUUUCCUUUUUUUUUAUUUCCUUUAUUAUUAUUCGGCUUCUCUUGUUGCUGAUUGGUUAGCUUUAAAUUAUAGAAAACUUUUUCAUUUUGUUAUCGAUAGCAGUUCAUAUUUUUUUUGGCGAUUGGACUUUUGGGUUCGACGUUGCAAUAUGCCAAGUUGUCGGAAAGUUAAAAAGUUAAGCUCAAAGUUCACUCAACAAAAGUCGGUAAAUUCGAUUAAAUUGGUUCCUUUUAACACAAAUACGAAAAAAAGGAAAAACGAAUCAAUUCGAAUCAACUCGAAAGUAGCUCAAUUUAACAAUUACAUUACAAUUACACUUACACACAAACAUACUUUGCUAUGGUAAAAGACAUCAGGUGUUCAUGAAUUGAAUUUAUUCAACUUACCUCCCAAAAAAAACUAAAACACAAUGCUAUUGUAUAAAAUUAUAAAAGCUAACUGAUUCUGUAUAUACUUCCUAUAUGAUAAUUAUAUACUUAAUGCAAAGCAUAUAUUGUCGACC